AUAAUAUCAUAUCGAUUCAGAAUAAUUUAUGAGAAACAACCGCGAGGUUUUUACUCUCCCAAUAACGUUUAAAUGCCGGACCGUUUACAGCAGCACUCACUUUACUGUGAACACAGAACAACCCAGUGUGUUAAUCAUACCAUUAAUUUGACAAUUUCUGGUGAAAGUUUGUUAACUUUUUGAUCCGACUAAAAAGAACUCUGCAAAUUUCAAAUAGUAUUAAUCUAUUGUUUUGAGAUAUUUAUUCAAUAUCAGUAUGUCCACGAGUGUGUACAAUUCGGUGACCAAACCAAUGCCUGCGGACACGGAAACGGUCAAGCGGAGACUGGCCUUCCAAAAGAGCUACAGCCAAGAACACGGUGGGUCCUGGCGUCGCAGGAGUUUAAUCGAAGAUGCCAAGUUUGAGAGUGUAACAAACAAAGAAUUUAACAAACGGGAGAAACACUUGAGUGUCAAAGAGAAAUCCGUAAAUACGACAGGAUCGAUCAGUGAGGAGGAAGAGGUUUUCGUUCAGAAUGGGGAUGGACCGUCCCCUGUGGAAACCGGAAAUCUUGUGAAUAUUACGAUCGUCAUCACAUUGAAUGAUGGGAUAAGUUCUCUCGCCAAAAUUCUCAGAGUAUUUGAGAACACCAAAGUAACCAUCGACCAUAUCGAAUCAAGGAAAUCCAAGAAACCUGACUGUCAGUACGAGAUUCUCUUGCAAGCGGUUAGCACGUGUGAGCGGUGGACGCCAGUGACAAAUUUAUUACGUCAGAGCCCACAAGUUAAUGACAUCUUGAUACUAAAUGAGCAACCCCGACCAGCAGAGAAAGUGGCAACACCUGAGCCCAUCCCUCAUUCCUGCUUUGGUUCUCAAUGGACAAGAUUAUCUUUAGUACUCGCAGCAUCCGCAAGUUUUGUUUUCCCAGCUUUAGGCAAAGCAAGAAAAUUAGUCUCGAAAAAGCUUCGUGGCACUUCCCGAAAACUAAACGGAACUUCUCAGUUGGAGAUUGACCCAUUAGGCGAGCACACUUCUAUAGAACGAGAUGAUUGGUAUCCUCACCAUAUUUCGGAUUUAGACAAUUGUACCCACCUUGUUACUAAGUUCGAACCCGAUCUGGAUCAUGAUCACCCGGGAUUUACGGACAUGAAGUACCGUGAAAGGAGGAAGGAGAUCGCCGACAUUGCAUUUGAAUACAGAAAUGGACAACCUAUCCCGCGAGUAGAGUACAACGAAGAGGAAACACGAACAUGGAACCAUGUUUACAGCCGUCUUCAGGAUUUUUUCCCGACACAUGCGUGUAGGGAACACCGGGAAAACUUUGAACGUCUGGAGAAGGAAUGUGGAUAUUGUCCUACCAGUAUCCCACAGCUAGAAGACGUCUCCAAUUAUUUGAAAAGAAGAACCGGAUUCCAACUCCGACCAGUUUCUGGACUUCUGUCAGCACGGGAUUUCUUGGCCAGCCUUGCUUUCAGAGUAUUUCAAUGUACUCAAUAUGUCCGUCACGGGUCAAAGCCCGACCACUCUCCAGAACCAGACUGCAUCCAUGAAAUUCUAGGCCAUGUGCCAAUGUUAGCCGACCCAAAGUUUGCACAGUUUUCCCAGGAAAUUGGUCUCGCCACACUUGGAGCUUCUGAUGCCGACAUUGAGAAAUUCGCAACGAUGUACUGGUUUACGGUAGAGUUUGGCCUGUGUAAGGAGGACGGCGAACUGCGGGCGUACGGAGCAGGAACACUUUCGUCGUACGGCGAGCUUCAACACGCGCUGUCGGACGCACCUGAAAAGCGUCCGUUCGAGCCUGCCAAGACGUCCGUCCAGGAAUACACAGACGACGACCUCCAGCCGAUAUACUACUACGUGGAAUCUUUUGACGACAUGAUGCAAAAAAUGAGACAUUAUGCGGCGGGCAUUUCCCGACGAUCUGAGGUGAGGUACGAUCCCUACACACAGACCAUCCAACAACUAGCUAAAAGGGAAACAGUGGACGCCAUAGCGUUAUCCGUUCGGAAUGACAUCGAUUGUCUUCAGAAAGCCACAAGGGGAAUGGAACGUAUCCAGGUGUCGUGAAACUGGACCACAAUAAAGGACAUAAACAAACGGAUAUAUUACUUAGUUACUUUGGUUUAAAAGGAAAGGAAACGUUCUGAAAAGGAUUUGAGGUGAACCUCGUUCUGAAUUAAGUACAUUGUUUGAAUAUUAUCGUUUUGACUUGUACGUAUCCUAUGUUGAUCCCUAUGAUUCUUAGUCUCGUUCAACCAGACGCUUGAUCACUUGUAAUUCAAGAGUCUGGUCAAACACAGUGCAUUAACAUUAUCACCACCAGAGGACAGUAUUUCUUCUUUCGUUUCCGGACGUUAUGUCAACGCCAUUAAACAUUUCAAUGAAUAAUGAAACUAAUGAUAAAAGUUACCUAUACAUGCAUUCCUGAAGUACCCGUGUUUUCACUUUUAUCGAGAACAAUGUAAGAAAAUGUGUCAAACCUCCAG